CCAACACGCACGUCAUUCAGGUGACAAAUGUGUCUCCGAGCACAACGUCCGAACAAAUGAGGACUCUGUUUGGGUUCCUCGGGAACAUAGAAGAGCUUAAGCUGUUUCCACCUGAGCACGUAAGGGGCCACAGCAUCAGAGAUCUCCCAGUUUUCCUGUGGUUCAGUUGCAGAAGAAAAUGUGCUAAAGUGAAACAAGGUUGAGAAGAUGUUAUAAGCAUCAUUUGGUUAUAUUCAGACAAAUCUAAUGGGAAUACACUUAAGAUGCAGAAAUCACACAGGAUAAAACAGUUGCUCAUGAUCAGUUAUCAACUCGGUUGUCCUCCAGUUUCAUUCUCAGAAGUGGAAAGAUGGCAUAUUGUCUCCUUGUUUGUAUUCUGUGCACAACGUUUCUGUAUUUUCUUCCAGUGACUCUCCCUUGCCUGUGACCUCACGUGUCUGUUUUGUAAAGUUCCUUGAGGCUGAGUCCGUGGGAGUUUCCCAACAUCUGACAAACACCGUCUUCGUGGACAGGGCCUUGAUUGUGGUUCCUUUUGCUGAAGGUGGGUGUCUAUGUCGUUCUGGUCUCACUCACAUGGCUAUCUCUGGACAAAGUUUGUAGGUGUUUAUCAUAGAAGUGGAAACAUUUCCUAAGCCAUUGUGAGUUUUUCUGACCAAGCAAAUUAGUUAAGCUUGGUUUUAGGAAUAUAUUGAAAAAAGGGAAAUGUACAUUUGUGUCCAUGUCUUACAAUCUAGCUGUAAACUUCUCUCUCUGUUAUUUGUGUUGUGGUUUUCAUAGUGGACAAGUCAUUUGCAGAGAGCCCCUUCCUUGCUGGCUGAAAGUGGUCCUCUGCUGCCAUCAGGAGAUUAGAAAAAAUAAUGGCACCAGGCUCGCAAGCCCCUUCUCUGUCUUGUUCUUCAGUAAAAUAUUAACUAUUUUCUUAAUCUCUCUUUUCAAGUCUUAUUUGCUUUCAAAAAUUAGGCACACAACUCUUGAGCAGAAUAAGGGGAAAGGGUGGAGGGCAGUCUCACAUGUGAAUAUAAAAAAUUUUGAAUAUAUUUCCUUCAUAAAAUGUUUGUCAAUCAAUAGGUAUGCACCAAAUUAGGGAUGCCCCGAGCUGAUCUGAGAAGUUUUUACAUAAACCAAUCAAGGAUGUUUUUUAAAAAAAUUUGGCUGCCUAACCCAAACCAUCUCUGAUCCCUUUUCUGACUUAAGUCAGUCACAUAAAGGUGUGCAGGCUGUCAAAAUGUAUCCACUGAUGUCAGGUUAAUAUUGCAGGAAUAAUACUCACUUAAAGUCCAACUCAGUCCAAAAAUUCACAAUUUACCCAGUUAAUUGGAAUGUGUCAGGUCAUAACAAUGCAGUGGAACAACAUGACGAUAACAACACUAUAUUCUAACUGCUGCCUCUGGGGGUUUUUUUUUUGUUGUUGUUGGACAUACUGUGUAAUAUUUUAAGAUAUGAGUGAAGACUGUGAGAGUAAGUUAUUUACUUCAUCUACAUUUCAGGUAUCGGUAAAAUGGAAAAAAAAAUGAAAACAUAAAAAUGAAGAUUUACUGGGGAAUGGUUCAUGCAUUUUAUAGUAACACAUGAGCUAUAGCCUUAUAAAUACUGAAAUAAAUGUAUUUCAUAGUGCCCUGUUCUAAAAUCAGCUACCAGAGAUUUGACAAACUGAAGUGCUGGUGACACCUACAGCCAUUCUAUGCUAAGCUGAGGACAGUGAGUUCAGAUCGCCACAACCUUGACUUAUGAUGCUCAAAAAUUGUGUUUUUGUGAACCUUUGGUCUGAACUGGGCUUAGAAGUGAUUGUGUCGCACUUAAACUAAUAUUGUAUAAUUUCUGUUACAAAUACAUGCAAUAGGUAUCCCUCUACAGCAGCUGUACACUGACAUGCCUUUGUAUAUUCACAUGUACACAACACUGUAAGCAACGACCUAAACUUCUGCACAUCCACACAGGUGUUUACACUGUUACACAUGUUUCUGUAUUAUUUUUGGCCUGCUUUUACGUUCAGGUUGCACAGGGCUAAGAAUGUUGUUCUGUUAGUUGCACAAAACCGGGAGCAGAGAGGGGAAUUAUUCAAACCCAGGGUAUUUCUACUCUGUCCUGAGGGGGGAGAGAGUACAGUGAAACAUCUGUGUGGAACACAAAAGAGCACGAGCGUUUGGCUUUGCUGUCCUUAUGUCGUGCUGUUCAGCUUUCAACAUGUUCAAAUGUGCACACUAUCUUUUACUACUUUUUUACGGAGAUAAAUAUAAAUGCAGGAUCAGGACUUGGUAUUGGCAUAUUAUUAGAUGAUUUGGAUUGGAACAGAAAAGUGUUCGGGACAUCCCUACACAAAGUACACAGCAUGCAACAUAGAAGAACUAAUCGAUUGUGCAUGCUAGAGUAGAUUUUGAAGGUGUGAACCAUGAUCUACACACAUUUUGUUUUUUUUUUUGUUUUUUUAGCAAAUGUUUUUGCAGUUAUUUUGUGUAUCAUACCAACAGCCUUUUGCUUGCUGUUGUGCUAAAGCCUUGUAUUACGCUACACUGCAUCUGUAUUCCCAAAUUUUCACUAACGCAGGAAAGGUAAACAUAGUCUCUGCUUAAUGUUGGAGUAAAAAUGCCUUUUUUUAUUGACCCUCUCCAAACAUGACUCUGAAAGAGUUGAGUGAAUCUGACGUUUAACAGUGGUGUUUCUUUUGUUGUUGUGUUUUACAGUUCUUUUUCCUGGUUCAGCCAGCCCUAUAUACCAGGCCCUGCUGACAAUGCCACCAACAGUUUUGUCUUCUGCAGCCUUAUCCUGUUUCUCAAGUGUCUUUUCUGUUGUGUGUGCGUGUGUGCGAGAGUGUGUCUCUCUCUCUCUUGCUCUCUCUCUCCCUCUCUCUCUCUCUCUUUCUCUCUCUCCCUCUCCCUCUCUCCCCCUGAAAUAUAAAAUGUCAGAUUAAAAAUAGCCUGUUUUCAGAUUGCACAGCCAUGGAUGAUCAUCUCCAUAAGAUUUUACUUUGAUUUUCCUGUUUGUUUUUUCUUCAGCUUUGGGCAUAUUUUUAUGAAUCUAUCAUGGCUUUUGCUGGCAGUAGCCUUUAAUUGUUUAGUGCACUUAAUCUUUGACAUUUUGUGCUGUUGUAAGUGACUUACUAUUGGAUAAAGCCUAGCAGUAUUCUAUCUGAUUAGCAGUACGAUGUUCAUUCGCCAAGUAAGUAUUUUGUUUGUGGUGGGAAUUGUACAAAGUAACCACCAACAAAAGCCCAGAAAAGGUAAAAUGACUGAACCUUUUCUGUUUUUGUAUCGGUAAUGGUAAGUGAUGUUGAAUUGUACCCUUCUGUCUACACCCAAAUCAUGAACUUUGUUUUCUGUAUCUCAAUGUUUUUGUGUGCUUUAUAGCGAAGCAGCCGGCGCGAGUCGCUUGUUCAUAAAACAUCUAUUGAAAGUUGAGAGCACAUCCCACUGGACAACUGGCUGUGCUUGCUUACGUUUGGUUCAUGACUUAAAAAACGAAGUACAGGUGAUAAAAUCUUGGCAGUGUUGACCACAAUGUGUAUUGUGACUUAAACUCAUAGCUGCUAAUCCUACAAUCAUACUUUCACAAAAAAAAAAGUCAGGACUCAAGAUUUACAGACGAGACAAAAGUGGAUUUCUCAUAUUUUUUUUUAUUUAAUUAAUUUUUUUUGCUACAGAGUAGUUAGACUGAGGUGGCUUGUCUGCAAGUCUUGUCUGAGUGUUGUCUGUUUUCAUGUCGCAUGUACUGAAAUGUUGUUUUUCUCCAGGAGUCAUUCCUGAUGAAUCUAAAGCUAUGUCGCUGCUGGCUCCAGCCAAUGCUGUGGCAGGAAUGAUGCCUGGGGGAGGCCUUCUUCCCACACCCAAUCCUUUGGCAUCGAUGGGAGGAACACCAUUUGGAGGUCUUGGAGCUCCCAACAUGGAGCAAAUGGCGGCUAUGGGAAUGCCUGGACCCAACAUGAAUCCUCAGGCACUUUCUGCUGACUUCCUGAAACUCAUGCAGUCCAUGGAUCCAAAAUUGAAUCCAUUAGCGGCCGGACUGAACUUGAAUCCAGGCCUUAAGACCGAUGCAUCCAACAAGGAGAUUGAAGAGGCCAUGAAGAGGGUGCGAGAGGCCCAAUCUCUGAUUUCUGCAGCGAUUGAACCAGGAAAUAAGAAAGAUGAAAAGCGUAAACAUUCCCGCUCUCGGUCCAGGUCACGGCGCAGACGAUCCAGAUCUCGCUCAAGACACAGGAGAUCAAAGAGCAGGUCUCGACGGAGAUCUCAUUCAAGGAGCAGGAGGAGGUCCAAAAGUCCACGAAGGAGGAGGUCCCACUCCAGAGACAGGGGCCGUCGCAGCAGAUCCAGGGACAGAAGAAAGGAGGAGAAAUCUAAGAAAAGAUCCAAGACGCCCCCCAAGAGCUACAGCAGUGCCAGGAGGUCCAGGAGCAUCAGUCGGAGGCACAGGCGAAGCCGCAGUGCGUCCCGUUCCCCUCGGAGGCGUCCGUCCAGGUCUCCGUCACCCAGACGCCAUAAAAAGGAGAAGAAAAAGGACAAGGAACGUGAGAAGGACCGAGAAAGGGACCGGAGGGAGGACAGGGACCGAAGCAGAGACGAACGAGAGCGAUCCACCAGUAAGAAGAAGAAGAGCAAAGACAAAGAGCGAGAGCGAGACCGCAAGUCUGACAGCGAGAAGGGAGACGUGAAGGUGACCCGGGACUAUGACGAAGAGGAACAAGGUUACGACAGCGAAAAGGAGGGAGAAGAGGAGGACGAAGAGAGGAAGAGCGACUCCGACUCGGCGUCGUCCCCCAAAGCCCAGGAGGAGCUGGAGCAAACCGAGGGACAAGUCCCCAAAAAGUCCAAGCUCAACGGAGACGACCACCAUCAGGAAGACAUGGAAAUGAGCGACUAACGCCCACCACACCACGCAGCGUCUUUCCAACGUUCUUUUCUAUUUUUAACAUCGGCUGCAGAGCCUGUGGCCCGUCACUUGAAGUAAUACAAAAAAAAAAAAAAAAAGUGUUGUCUUAACUGUAGAAGUGUGGGGCGUUAAGGGAGGGGGAGGAAACGGGUCAUCAUCUGUGAAGACAAAACAAGGACUGAAACAGGAGGAACACUUUGAAAUGGUCUUUGCUGUACUUUUUUAUCAGGUUCUGAGGAGUUUUGUUUUGGAUGCCUUUUGUCCCGACAGUAGAACCCUGUGCAUUUACUCCUGAACCGCUGUAUCUUUUACUCAUACGGAUCGUCUUUUCACGUUUGAACCAUCUGUCACUCACCCACCUUCACCAGCUUCUGUUUUUUUUCUCUGCUGAACCGUUUUUGAUUUAACUUUUAACUGUAACUGUAGCUGUAGGUUGAAAUGUGUUGAAAUGAAAUACUUUGUCCUCCACAGGUUUUCCAAAGGAAACCAAUAAAAAAUUGGAUCAAACUGUC